GUUCCUAUAAAUGAUGUUAAUUACCAUUUUCUUUAUGUAUUGAUAGUAUUUAAACUCAGCUUCAACCUUAGCCUCCAUAGUCCUCAUCUCUGGGGAUUACUGAUAACUAAACCGGCGACAAAAUGGCUCUUACCAAGGCACUUCUCUGCACCCUACUGUUGGCUUCACCAAUCCUCGCUGAGGAGCAACAGGAAUCAGAAAAGGCUGGUCUAUUUGGGCUGCCAGAUUUCUCGUCGUUCUUCGGAGGGGGUUCAGGAGCAGGCUCCAUGAUCCCUAACUUCGGCAACAUGUUCGGAGGCCGUCUCCACGAGGUCCACUCGGCCCCUGGUGACCAAGCUCCCGCUAUCAGUGACCCUUCCAGCGACCCAGCGGCUGAUGAUAGUGAGGGAGAUGAACAACACAACCGACUGUUCUUUUCGCUGAUUCCUAGGCUGACAGCUUGCAACUUCACUACUCAGGCCGGUUCCACCUGCACCAGCUGCCGUCAGACCCUGACCUGUCUGUCCAGCAACGUGGGCUUCACCAGGACCUGUCGCGGACUGUUCCGCUACUGUGACAACGGCCGCUGCUCGCUGUUCCAAGGCGCCGCCUGCGCAGCCUCGACCUCCUCCACGUCUUCCACUUCCUCCACCUCUUCCACAUCCUCGACGACCACCACUACUACCACCACCACGACUACGCCUGCUCCUGAAGGUUAGGUUGGUGAGGAUUUGUGGUGUUGGGGAAUAUGUGCCAUGUUAGUUUCAAUAAAGUAGAUUUAGCAUU